AUGCCACGACCAGGAAAAUCCUCGUAUUCAGAUGAAAAGCCUCCCUAUUCGUACAUCGCCCUGACAGCCAUGGCUAUACAACAAAGUCCAGAGAAAAUGUUACCACUUAGUGACAUUUACAAAUUUAUUACCGAUCGAUUUCCAUAUUAUCGUACUAACACACAAAAAUGGCAAAAUUCUCUGCGACAUAAUUUAUCAUUUAAUGAUUGCUUUAUCAAGAUUCCACGGCGACUCGAUCGACCGGGAAAGGGAAACUUUUGGGCGUUGCAUAACAAGUGUCGAGAUAUGUUCGAAAAUGGAAGUUAUCUACGGCGACGCAAACGUUUUAAACUACACAAACAGAAGUCCAAUCGCGAAGAAGAAGAAGAAGAAGAAAACAAGAUGCUGUUGGAUACAAAGCCUGUGACAACCAAAACAUCUUUUUUUAUUGAUAAUCUCCUUGCAAACGAUACGACCAGUACCAAUACAAGUUUUACCACAUCAUCAUCAUCUCCAACAACGGAAACGACACAUGUCUUGCCACAAAUGUUUUACACAACUGAUUUCGAUCUGAUACGUCAAUUGUAUUUACUCAAUGAAAACCAACAUCAGCAACCCUAUUGGUAA